CGUGUCCCUCUUCAUCUACCGUCCGUGGAUUAAAGUGUCACAGCGACAAAAACAUCAAGCGCAACACAGCAAGCAUGCCGCAUAAUUCCAGCCACAGACUACAGUCAACAGUGCGUAUUCUCUGAAAACACCAAGGAGCUUCGCGGUGAGCUGUUUGAGGUGUAUAGGCGCGUGAAUCUGCGUGAAGCGGCGCGUGAAGGACGCUAGGCCCAGCGCGCGGGUGUUUAUGAUGGAGUCGUGGGUGAGAUUCAGCGCGCAGAGUCAAGCCAAGGAGCGCGUCUUCAGGGCUGCCCAGUACGCCUGCACACUGCUGGGGUACACGCUGCAGAAAGGAGGAGCGAGAGUCGAGCUGCUGAACACCAUCAAACAGCUGGAAGCUCACAUGAGCCUGACCAGAAAAUUGAUGCGGCUGGGGAACUCGGCUGAAGCUCUGCAAGCAGCCAAACGCACCGUGCAUCUGUCAGACUGUGUGCUGCGGCUCUGCAUCACAGUGGCCCAUUUGAACAGAGCCAUGUAUUUUGCCUGUGAUAACGUACUGUGGGCCGGCAAAACAGGACUGCUGCCUGAACUGGACCAAAACAAAUGGAGCCAGAGGUCCUUUAGAUACUACUUGUUCGCUCUCAUCCUCAAUCUAGCGCGAGACGUGUAUGAUAUCCGUCUGCUGAUGGACAGAGAGUCCCGCAGCAGUGCAGCUAAAAGCUUUAACUCCAGUCCGUCUCCCCUCACGCCGAGCCCAGAGAACGGAGGAGAGUUCCCUCUGACCCCGUGUCCUCUCCCAGCCCUCCCCGUGAUCUCAGCCAGACUCAACCAGCAGAUCCAGCUGCUGAUCACGGUGCUGCGCAGCAACCCUCCGCUGCUCCUGGACCUGCUGAAGAACCUUUGUGACGUCUUCAUCCCGCUGGACCGGCUGGGCCUGUACCCCACGGGCUCGGGCUUUGUGGGGGCCUGCGGCCUCACGUCCUCCGUCCUGUCCAUCCUCACUAUAGUUCACCCCUGGCUCAAACUCAAGCCCUGAGUCCCAGCAUGAGAACUACCUGUGCUGAGGCUUUAUUUCUGGAGAGAACCUCUCUUGAGCUUGCGUAGAUAGCGGGAAGGAGAAUGUCUGUCCUUCAUUCCAGUUUAACUGCACAUUCAAAACCGCUUCUCCUACGUGUGGAAAAACUAAAAGCAAGAUCUGACCUAUUCUAAUUAAACCCAGUAAUUUAUGUCUGAAAAUGUCCCAGUCUUGCUAUGCAGCUAUAAUGCUGUAGUUUUCAGUGUGGGGUGUUCAGGUGUGCUUGUGAUUCAGCACAGAACAACUUUCAUGAAGAAAUGUCAGGGUCAGAUUUCACCCCAAAAUCUGCAUAAAUGAAAUGUAAUGCAACAAAUAUGUGACCUUUACAAAUGUACAUUACAAUUGAAAUAAUUGCAUUUUAGAAAUAAUAGUAUAGCUUUGCUAGAUUCAAAAUGUCACAGGAAAAGAGUAUACAGUAUAUAUCUUAAACUGCAGCAUUUUAUUGAACAUUAAGCAUUUUUUUUUGGUCAAACUUGCUAAUCAAACGUUGCACAAGGAUACUGCUUAGAAAUGUAAUACUUUAUCCAAUAGAUCCUUUUAAAGCCUAUGUCUGUGUUUGAGGCUGUUUCUUGUUUUUCAAUUACUGGAGUUGUGAACCUUUGCAAUUUGUUACCAAACACAUUUCAAAUCUAGUAGUUUACAUUUUUUGCAGUGAUUAAUAAAUUAACAACUAAAAGGGAUUUGGGGAAUGGUUAAGAAGUACUAUGUAAUGAACUUAAUUUAAUUAAACUACAUCACUGACACAGAGCUAUAAUGCAGAUUGUUUUUUUUUUUUUUUUUUUUGUAUGUGUGUAUACGUGACCUAUCGAGUUUUACGUAACAACCAUAUUUUUGAAACUUCUUGAAUGUUAAUGCUAUGCAUCACUGGGGUUGCUGAUGGUGACAUGAUGGAGCUGUGAAUCUAAUUUUGAAAUAAAUAAUGCCUUGAAUUUUA